GGGACCUGCAGCCGGAAGCUUCGGCGCCGCGGCUCCGCGCGCUGCAGGCUCAGGUUUUUUUUACCUCCAGAAAGAAAAAAAAUUGACACCUUGCAUCCUGGAAGUUCAUUUAAGAGACUGAAAUUAGGGACUUCUUUCAAAUUUGGACAUGGCUAAUCGAGGAGCAACAAGACCCAACGGGCCAAAUACUGGAAAUAAAAUAUGCCAGUUCAAACUAGUACUUCUGGGAGAGUCUGCUGUUGGCAAAUCAAGCCUAGUGCUUCGUUUUGUGAAGGGGCAAUUUCAUGAAUUUCAAGAGAGUACCAUUGGGGCUGCUUUUCUAACCCAAACUGUGUGUCUCGAUGACACAACAGUAAAGUUUGAAAUAUGGGAUACAGCUGGUCAAGAAAGAUACCAUAGCCUAGCACCAAUGUACUACAGAGGAGCACAAGCGGCCAUAGUUGUAUACGACAUCACGAACGAGGAGUCCUUUGCCAGAGCCAAAAACUGGGUUAAAGAACUUCAGAGGCAAGCCAGUCCUAACAUUGUAAUAGCUUUAUCAGGAAACAAGGCUGACCUCACAAAUAAAAGAGCUGUCGACUUCCAGGAAGCACAGUCCUAUGCAGAUGACAACAGUUUAUUAUUUAUGGAGACAUCAGCUAAAACAUCAAUGAAUGUAAAUGAAAUAUUCAUGGCAAUAGCUAAAAAGUUGCCAAAGAACGAACCACAGAAUCCAGGAGCGAAUUCUGCCAGAGGAAGAGGAGUAGACCUUACUGAACCCACGCAGCCAACCAGGAGUCAGUGCUGUAGUAACUAAACUCCAGUUUAAACUAACUGGAAUGUUCUUCUGCUUCCUAAUUGUUAAUAACAGUGGAAUUGGAGCAUUUAACCAGCCCAGUAUGACUUCCAAAAAGAAGAGACUUACAAUAGUCAAGUGUCUAAUACAGAAUUAUUUUAAGUGU